GCGGCGGGCGGGCGCGGCGGCGAGGGGCAGAGCCCGGCGGGCGGCGGGGCGGCCCCGCUCCCCGUGAAGAGGCGGCGCGGCAGGGCAGCGGCCGCCGCCAUGCAGCCGUUGCACCGGGCCCCGGCGUUGCUGCUGCUGCUGCUUCUGGCCGCCGGGACCUUGUGCCUCUGCCUUGCCUCCUCCUCAGAGCCAACUGCUGAUGGCCUCACAUCAACUUCUCUGCUGGAGUUUGCCAUGAUGUCCCACCUGGAGGCUGUGAAUUCCCAUGAGCAAGCCAGCCCAGAGGCUGCAGAGCCUGAUCUUGCCCCUGGCUCUCUGCACGCUGCUCCAGGAUCGGGCUUUGCCAGCGAGGAGAAUGAGGAGUCCAAGAUCUUACAGCCCCCGCAGUACUUCUGGGAAGAUGGGGGAGAGCUCAACGACUCCAGCCUGGACUUGGGACCAGCAACAGAUUACAACUUUCCUGCUGCAUCUCAGAAGGCCCUGCUGAAGAGGAAUGGGACACAGGUGAAAGAGAACUGGGAAACAGCCACUGUCCAGCCACCGGCAGAAUUUGUUGAGCCUGACUUGCACACGCCUUUCUCCAGCACACUGGAGGAAGAGGAGGGCCUGCUCCCUAUAGACCACUCAAGAGGAGUGGAGAGCCUCCAGACCUCUGAGCCAGAGGUUACAUCUUCUGAGCCAGUGGGCCAAGAGGACUCCUUCCUUCUGUUUUCCACAGCUUCUGCCAGGCCAGGUAUUGUGACCGAGGCAUCCGUAGGAGGGCAAGAAGAGGACUCUGUUCCACCAGGCUUAGACCUUGGGAGCAGCAUGGGACCAGGUCUUCUGCCUGUGUCCUCUAUUUUUUCUACUACUAUUGCUGCAAAGUCUCCCAGUGUUUCAGAAGAGCCAUUUGAGGUGACAGCCGGGGACAUAUGGGCUGUUGGGGGAGCAGAUUCGGAGCUGACUGUGGCUACAACAAGAGCAGAGCUUGUGGAGACCACAGUGGAGGCUGGUGGGGAAGAGCAUUCGGCCAGAGAGGAGGUCUCAGAGACCAUGGUGGGGUGGGAGAUGCUGGAGCCCACACUGCUAACUGAAAUGGAACAGACAGUGGAAAUGUCUGUGGGGACAUCCUUUUCUGGAGGCAGUUCCCCAGGCACCCAGACUCUUUCUGGGAGUGAGCAACACCCCACUGCUUCUGCGUCUCCGUGGGACAGGGCUGUUGAACCUGCGCUGGAUCCCAUUUGGAAUGACACCGAGUCGGCCACUGAGACUGUGGCAGCAGAGAGGAGCUUGUCACCACAGGCUGGGGAUGCCCGCAUGCCCAUGCUGCCAACAGAGCUGCCCUGGGACUCAGCACAGGUGAUCUGCAAAGACUGGAGCAACCUUGCGGGGAAAAACUACAUCAUCCUGAAUAUGUCGGAUAACAUUGACUGUGAGGAGUUUCGGCUGGAGAGGGGUCCCCAGCUCUUGGCACUGGUGGAGGAUGCCUUCUCCAGGCAGGCGGACGGACUGCAGGACCGCUGGCUGAUCUCUCUGAGCAAACCCAAUGAGAACGACAAGCACUUGCUAAUGACGUUGGCAGGGGAACAGGGCAUCAUCCCUACAAAAGAUGUUCUCAUGGCACUGGGGGAUGUUAAGAGGAGCUUAGCCGAGAUUGGCAUCCAGAAUUACUCAACCACAACAAGCUGCCAGUCACACCCCAACCAGACACGCAGUGAUUAUGGGAAACUCUUUGUGGUACUGGUGAUCAUUGGCUCCAUCUGUGCCAUCAUCAUCGUAUUGGGGCUCAUAUACAACUGCUGGCAGAGACGCCUGCCCAAGAUGAAGAACGUGUCGCACGGCGAGGAGCUGCGCUUUGUUGAGAACGGCUGCCAUGACAACCCCACCUUGGAUGUGGCCAGUGACAGCCAGUCAGAAAUGCAGGAGAAGAAACCAAGCGUGAAUGGUGGAAACACCAUCAAUGGCCCUGACAGCUGGGAUGUCCUGAUCAAUAAGCAGGCGAGCGAGGAUGUGGAUGUGUUUGAGGAAGACACGCAUCUUUAGGAAAAGAAGGGAGGGAACCACCCCCUUAAACACACUUGUCUCUCUCCUAUCUUGACUGAUGGACCAUGGGAUCAGAUGGCUUCUCAGGAACUUCUUAAAGGCUUGGAAUGGGACAAGUCUUUGUGCAAGUUUUCCCAAUAGAAGUCCUGAGCCUGCAUCUGCGGCUUGGAGCCAGGAGGAUCACUGAACAGAGGGAAGCGGGAGGGGUGGGUUUGUAGGUCUCUGUGUGUGUGUUCCUAUCAGUAGCACCAAUGCUUUUAUCACCUUUAAAUGCACUUACUGUAGCUCUCUGGUAGUGGCUGAGAGUGGCUGGGCUUGACAAGCAAGGCAGUGAGGCUAAGUCUGCCGCCAAGAGUCCAGCUUUGGAGAGUAAAUUCACUUUGGGAGUCCAGCUGGAGCUAUGGCAGCCACAUCCUGACCUUGAGAUCACAUUCAGUCCCUGCAGGUGAAGUAAAACCUGUGCAUUCUGGAUGGAGGGGAGCCAAGACUGAGUUGAUAUCCUGGGCAGUGUUUGCAUUCCUCAUGUGAAAAGAGGUUUUCCAGUGCUCUAGCAUUCAGCUGCUAAUUAGAUGGGCUGAUGUUUACAUUCCGGGGGGAAAAAAAUCCCACUGUCAUCUCAUUUCCCCCCUCAAACCACAAACAGCCCUGCUCCCUUUUUCAGCUCCACAGCUCCAAGCUGAGUUUGCAAAGUUUGAGCACUUUAUCCUUGCUUGACUGAUUGCAGAGAAUUCAGUGCCAUGGUGCAGCAUCUUAGCUGAAAAUUUGCUUUAGGUUGGAGAGUUGCUCAAAAAGGACAUUUACAUGCCUCUUUCACACAACACCUGUGAAAGCAGCAGCAGUGUCCCUUGUCUAAGUAUCAGUUUUAGAGUGGCAGGCCUUCUCCAUGCCUAUUUUCCAGGAUAGUUUAGUUUCUGUUGGGUCUUUUUGAGGUAAAUGUAAAGACUAUGUGAGACUUUUUAAACAAGGAGAAAAGUAAGAACUUGAAAACAUAAUUUUUUGGUCCUUUUGUUUCCUUUUCAGCAUCCUGCCCUGAGGGGGGGAAGUGUCCCACAGGUGUAAAUCGGGGUAACAUCUUUAAAAUCACUGCAUUUUUAAGCAAGUGUAAAAGCCAGUUCAGAUGAGAUGAGGAUCAGAUCUAAGAGCUCCCUAAUGAACGUUUCUCAGGCAUGCCUCAGGCAACUAUGAGGCUCCAGCUCCCUGAAGAUGUGUGAUAAAAGGCACGUGAAUAUGCAUAAUUGUUCUCUGAGCCCUGCCUAAACUGAGACUCAGAACUACUGUCAAGCCUGAAAUCCCAGAACAGUUGUUUCUUCUGUCAUCAAGGGAUUGAGGGACUUGCUUCUGUCAGAGUCAACAGUAUUCCUCUCUGUUACGGUGAUCUGCAUGCUUGCUUACUGAAAGGUGCAGCUUUGCAUUUGGUCUUUAAGGGAACCUUUGUACAGAAAGACCCCAGAUAUGCAGCCUGAUGCCAAGCCUGUAAAUCUAUCCCUGUAUGUACAGAUAUUUUAGCAUGUUCAUCCCUGAUGUGAGUGCCUAAGCCAAGGUACGAGAGUCUGUUGUUUCAUUUUGCAUAGCCCUUUGCAUACAAACUGAAUCGCAGAUCACCUUGAUGUAGGACCACGUUGAGAUCAGUCUGUUAGGGAUUCAAGAAAGGUGAUAGCUGUUGGUUUCCUACCCAGAUUCCAGUUUUCAGUGUUUUUUAUGCUGCCUCCAAAUCUUUCCCUGUAUUAUGUAGGAGAUGGUGAUCAUCGGCUCCUUUUGUAUUUUGUUGGUAGGGUUGCAGAGAUGCUCAGAGGAGUUCCCUCUCCUGCCCCAGCAGUUGACAAUGGGGGACAGUCCAUGUACGUGUGGUCCUUCUCCAACCACUCCUUGCUGAUGGCUCCUUCUGAGUUUGAUGGGUCUGUGCAGUGAAACUGCACAAGUUCAGUGGCUGUGUUGAUGGCACUUUGGAGCUCACACGAUUAAAUGCAAGUUGUUGUUAUGAUAUGGUGAGUAAAUUUAAAGCAUGGAGUUAAAAUUUGAGUUUGUAUAGCACUUAGCGUAACAGGACGUGGCAUGGCCAUGGCCUUUAGGCAGUUUCACCGUAUAAAUGUCUCUAUAAUCAUUAAAUAAGUUUUUAAUGCCCAGUGGCUAUUAAAAUGGUAACAUCACCAAUCAGAUGUGAAUUAGUUCACUGACAAAACAUUUCCUUGGUGCACAUUGUUGCUAGGACCUGCUUUGCUGCCCUGUUUUCUCUCCACUUUACUAAUUCAGAGAAACGAAAGGUGCUGGCUGGGCUCAGCACCUCCUGAACUGGUGUAAAGUCUUCAAACUGUAAAGAAACCAAGGGGGCUAUAUGGGCUUACUAAUAAGCUAGCAAGUUCCCCUGAUUUGAUCUUCUGGCUUCUUAUGGUCUGAAGGUUUUCCAGGCUGAGAACAAUCUUCUGCUGUCUCUGACAGGGUGUACCUGACUGUAUGAUCUCAGUUUAGCUCCAGAAAUUUACUGGUUAAUAGGAUUUCACUUUAGUCUGGUGAUACUUUUUAUACCUUUACCGUCUGUUUUUCCUCUGUAUCAUUUUUUUGCACUAGGCUGAUCUUGUUAAGUCGAUUGCACUGUUGUCCCUCUCCCCCUCAGCCUUGCAGAGAUGGGUCAUCUCUGGGGACCUGUGUGCUGGGGAGCACUGUAGGGAGGCUGUUGAUAGCCCACUUACUCUACUGGUCAGUGCUUGGGUUUCCAGCUCUACACAGGGAGGAUUUAGAGGAAGAGAAACUUUGUCUUAGCAUUUGUAACGGGAAGCUUUUCUAUCACCUUAACGUAGUUAAACUUGUUUUUAACAAAAACUGUCAAAGCUGGACUUCUCAGAGCAGUGCGCCAGGCAGCACAGCAGAUGCAGGAGACAAAAUGAUUCCUGGAAAACUGUUUUCUGCUUACUCGGACUUCACUGUAGUCCCAUCUGCCAAACGUUCGAUCGCACUGACACCUAGUGGCUGCUGGGAGUUGGAGAGGAAAAAUAAUAAAAAAGGACUUUUCCCCCCUCUUAGCUCUGGGUAUUUGUUUCCUGUGACUAGCCUAGGACAGUCACCUGCUUUAUUCACGAGGUGCUGUUGGACUCACCUGUGAGCAGAGGGGCUUGUGCCAGGCACGUAAGGGAUGGUUUGUGUGAGGACAUUCCCAUCUGCAAAGCAAUGAAAUGGGAUAUUCCCUGGAGUCACCGGUCUAGAGGCCCUGCGUAGCAAUAGUGUCUCAGCUCCAUCUCCCUGCUUGCUCCUCCACUUGCCCCCUCUCGUCCUGGGGAGCACAUCCAGAAAGCAGAGGCUCCAGCUUGAAAUGGAGGUGGUUCUUCAGAGAGAGCAUCGGGUGCUGGUGUGAGGAGCUCUGCCCCGGGGAACACUGGUGAUGGCAGCAGCUGGAUGCAUGGCCAAGGUCAGAGUGGUUCUCCAUCUCUGUGGAACAGUAGCCAGAUGUGGUCUGGGAUGGCCAAGCUGCAGAUUACUCCCUGAUGCCUGGAACAGCAUCUGUGAUGUGGAGUCCAACGUGUGCUAGGACUUGGCAUCCUGCAGACCGCCUCGUGGUAUGGAGGGUGUAAAGAAACGAUGUGAAGUGACUCGGUAACUAUGCUGUGGAGUAUGUAAUGCAGGUUGAGAAUAUACAGCUGAAGAUACCACCUUAAGGAUCCUGCCAGCCCAAGGAUGCAGUGUGAAGUGGCAGUAUGUUAUCGUAUGGAUUAUCGCAGCAUGACCAUAGAGCAUCGCAGCAGGAUCCCAGCGCAGCCACUGCUGUCAGCAGCUCGUCUGUUCCCAUCCACCUUCGCAGCCACGCAGGAACGCCUCUCUCCUUCACAGAGGGUUUGGGGCAGUUUGGACAGUCAAGAGACAACAACCACCUUCAUCUGUGCUGGCUCACGAGAGCCUUGUGGGCUCAUCUCGGCUGACAGCCAGGCUCCCAGCCCUUCUCAACACCCUCAUUCCUGCUGGACUGAAACUGUCUGCAAGCUUUGGCCGCUGCUUGGGAUUGCUGCCGGAGAACACUUAGAAACACUCGCGUCUGGCCCUGGAAGCGACAGGGUUGUGUUUUUUUUUUUUUUUCCUUUGCAAUAAAAUGCACCUCCUGGGUGUGUGAACACUGA